AUGAUUAGGAGCUUCCCUCGUGGUACGUCUUGCGGGAGGGGUGGUUUUCAAGCUCAACAUUUUAUGGAUUGUUUGGGUGAUGUUGUUGUUGCUAUCUUGGAUUAUUUGCACGUCUCUAUUACUCUGGUGGUUAAUCUUUUCCUUGAGGGUCGUUGUCCACAGCCCCUCGGUGAGUACAUUGCUAGCGCUUCGCUCACGCCGCUUGUUAAACCAGGGGUGGUAUCUGUAGCUGUUGAUAUUGUUUGGAGACGUCUUGUCUCUAAGGUUGGUGCUUGUCUUGUUGCCCCUACUUUAUCUGGUUAUUUUGAUGGUCUUCAGUUUGAGGUUGGAAUUUAUGGUGGAGGAUAG